AUGACUAGACAGAAGCCAUUCCUUGGUGAUGCUGUCCUUCACGGUGAGAAGCUGAGCAAUGGCGUGCUCCCUCAACCUGGCGCGACGGUACCUUACUGGCGUUCCCAGCUUCAUUGGCUGGACGAACAUCGAUCGAGCGACAACUUGCCCACGGACUGUGACAUUGUCGUCAUUGGAGCAGGCCUGAGUGGUGUCUCCUUCGUUUAUCAUCUAUUGCAGAUGUAUGAAAAGGGCUGUGCGCCCUCAAUCGUACUUCUUGAAGCUCGACAAGUGUGUUCAGGCGCCACUGGGCGAAACGGCGGCCAUGUGAAGGUUCGAAGCACAGGCGUCCAGUUGAAUAAGCGCCGUCAUGGUGUCGCGACCGCAGAGGACAUAGCACGAUUCGUAACCGCUCAAAUUGAUGCGCUCAAAAACGUCAUCGAGAAGGAGGAGAUCGAAUGCGAGUUUGAACUCAGGCGUAGCUUCGAUGUCUUUCUCGAUGAGAAGGAGGCGUCUGCAGCCCGGAAGGACUUCCAAAACAGUGUGCGUGCCAAGGAACGCUGGACACGCGACAUUGCUCCAGUGCCUGAGCAGUACAUCGAGCAGAUAACAUCUGUCCGCGGAGCCAAAUUUGCGCUAUCGAUGCCCGCCUGCUCUUUCUGGCCUUACAAGCUUGUCACUGGCUUGCUGGAGAAGUGCAUUGGCUCUAUCAACCUCCAGACUAAUACAGUCGUCACUCGAGUCGUCGGAGGCACGAAAUAUAGUGACGUGCAUACCAGUCGCGGUACCAUUCGCGCGACUAGAGUAGUGUUUGCAAGUAAUGCCUACACAGGUGGCAUCGCUCCAACAUACACCGGACGCAUUGUGCCCUACAAGGGCAGCAACUCGCACAUCGUUUCACAGAUCGGUGCUAUCGCGCCACAGCUAACACAGACGUACAAUAUCGCGUUCAAGACAGGGUUUACGGAUUAUCUGAAUCCACGACCUGACGGUAGUAUCGUUGUGGGCGGAGCCGAGUCCGCCUUCAGAACUUUGCCGACGCGUGAAUCAUGGUAUGACAAUUGGGAUGAUGCGUCUUUGUUACCUGGAAUCCAGGAAUAUUACGAAGGUUACAUGCAGCGAACCUUUCGAGGUUGGACGGCAACCGACGGGAAGCUCUGGACGGGCAUCAUGGGUCAAACCUCCGAUGGCCUUCCUCACGUCGGCCGCGUAGUCGGGCGUAAUAACCAAUUCAUCAUGGCUGGCUUUAAUGGCGGAGGGAUGACCAUGAUCUAUCUCACUGCACGAGGCCUGGCUCGAAUCGUCAAGGACGACGUAGUAUUCUCCGACACUGGCAUCCCGUUGUGUUUCGAGACGUCUGCAGAAAGACUUGCGCAAAUGCCGAUGACAGCGAGCACGAACGGCUGCGCUUAA